CCACCGGUGGGUCGUAUUGUCGUGAAUACUGUUGCCUCUCUAGAAGACGAACAUAAACGCUUGAAAAAACAACUUGAAGCUACCCAUGAAGAGCGGGUGCAGGCAAUUCUCAAUGAAAAGAAGAGAACGGCAACACAUGAUUAUCGUCAAGCACUUGCCAUGCAUGACAAAUCUGCAAACAAACAUCACGUAUUGAAGACACUCAAGGUACGGUUUCUCCAAGUCUGCAAUUUCAGACUUACAUCCGAUCCGAGGAGAAGGAUCGUAUUCACACCAUCAAUCGAUAUCGCCAUCUUCUACGUGUACAUCGACCUACGCAUCAAUGGCACAUUGGCCAUGCUUCGUGAUUUCCCAGACCUUGAAAGUCAGGUUCGCCCAAUUGCUGUCGCCUACUGGUCUGAUUUCCGACGAGAGAACACACCAGAGCUGUCCGAUGCUGCAAUUGAUGCUUUGAACUCGCUCGAUAGCGAUGCUAAGAACAAGAAAUUAGUGGACCUCUACAAGGUCAGAAAAACAGUUCCGGCGAAAUCAAAAGUUUUCCGUGCCAGCGCCGUGCUAGAUUCUCAUGAUUCUGAGGAAGAUGAUGAUGAAUACUAUGAGGACGAAGAUGAUGAGGAGGUCAAGAAGAAUCCUAUUGUGAAGAAGCCUAAGAUCAUCGAAAUCCAGCGAAAAGAGGAAGUAAAGAAGGCUGAGGCACCUAAAUUGGUUGAAAAGUCCGUUCAGACUGAUCCACUUCCAACACCUGACGAUUCUGACUCAGAUGAAAGCGAUGAGGAUGAGGAUUCUAUCAAGGAGCUUCGCGUAGAUAUCGAGCCAAUAAUUGAAGAGAAACCAGCAUAUUACCGCCAAGAAAAAUUAGUACAAAAUCAGGCUGUGUUCAUGGUCGGAGCUGUAGCAAUCGCAUCCCUGACCAUGUUAGUAGCAGCUAUUGUGCGACGUCGUCGAGCACAUCACGGGUUUAUCGAGGUCGACGUGUACACUCCGGAGGAGCGUCAUGUAGCUGGUAUGCAGGUGAACGGCUAUGAAAACCCGACAUACUCCUUCUUCGACAGCAAAGCAUAA